CGUGUUUACAUCCCCGACCACGGUGGAAGUUAUCUGGAGGACUCGGUCUGGACGCGCCGCGGAGCGCAGAAACGGGCUUUUAUUUUUUUCAUGUUCCUGUCGCCGCGAACGGAUGGGUCCCAUUGGAAACGAGUUCGCAGCGUUUUCACCGUCCGAACAGUUUCCAUCAAAGUUUCAUGCCUUUGUCCUGUCCCGCAGCUCGGUCCACGCCGCUCGGCGGGUUCUGACGGUGCGUAAUUACUGUUUUCCUGCGUCCUGGCCACAGGCGUCACAGGUAGCCUACCUGAGCCUGCAGACACCGCGGCGGAUGACAGCGGAUCAGUAGGAAGGUGACAGCUCGUCUGCUCGUUCAGCCGCAGAAAAACACUCUCCGCGUCCAUCAUGGAUGAAAACGGGGCUUCGCAUGUGUGCACCUGGAGCAGGGCGUCCGGGAGGAGCGUGCGGGACGUGCUGAGGACGUACCUGGGAAUACUGGUGGUGCUUCACCUUGUGCUGAACACGGAAGCCUCGGCGGCGUCCAAAUCCUGUGAUAAAAGCUGUUUUUCCGGGAAGUGCAUGAACGGAACGUGCGUGUGCGACCACGGCUGGGUGGGGGACCAGUGCCAGCACUGCCAGGGCAGGUUCAAGUUAACAGACCUGUCGGGUUCCCUCACAGACGGUCCAGUAAACUACAAGUACAAGACCAAAUGCACUUGGUUAAUAGAAGGCUUCCCUAAUGCAGCACUCAGGCUGCGCUUCAAUCACUUUGCCACCGAGUGCAGCUGGGACCACAUGUACGUCUACGAUGGAGACUCCAUUUAUGCCCCUUUGAUUGCCGUCUUCAGUGGUCUGGUGGUACCGGAGUCCAGAGGGAACGAGACGGUCCCGGAGGUGGUGACGACGUCCGGCUACGCUCUGCUCCACUUCUUCAGCGAUGCCGCCUACAACCUGACCGGCUUCAGCAUCGCCUACUCGAUAAACUCUUGUCCCAACAACUGCUCGGGCCACGGCAGAUGCAGCACGGCGAACUCGGUGGCGGGCCGAGUGUACUGCGAGUGCGACGAGUACUGGAAGGGGGACGCCUGCGACAUCCCGUACUGCAGGGACAACUGUGGCAGCCCGGACCACGGCUACUGCGACCUGACCGGAGAGAAGCUCUGCGUCUGCAACGACAGCUGGCAAGGUCCGGACUGCUCCCUCUCCGUCCCCUCCACCGAGGCCUUCUGGGUCCUGCCCAGCGUCAAGCCGUCGGCUCAGUCUCUGGGUCGGGCGUCCCACCGGGCCCUGGUGCAUUCCGGCUUGAUGUGGGUGGUGGGAGGAUACUCCUUCAACUACUCCAACUACCACAUGGUCCUCAACUACAACCUGGAGACGAGUACGUGGGAUGUGGUUCCCGUCAGCAGCGGUCCUCUCUACCGAUACGGACACUCGCUGGCUCUCUACCAGGACGACAUCUACAUGUUUGGCGGGAAGCUGGAGUCGGGAUCCGCUAACGUGACGGACGAGAUGUGGGUGUUCAACAUCCCCAGACGCACCUGGUCGCCGCGGAAACCGGCCCCGCCCCCUCCCUACGCCCUGGAGGGCCACACGGCCCACGUGGUGGAGCUGGCCGACGGCGAGCCGGUGAUGCUCGUCUUCUUCGGGUACUCUCCGGUCUACAGCUACAUCAACAAGGUCCAGGAGUACAACAUCCGUAAGUGGCUGCUU